UAGUAAUCUAUUCUACGUCAUCAAUAUUACACGACGACUUCUGAAACGAUACGGAAAAAUGGCUGGUGGUCCCACAAAAUCCGAUAUUCAGACAAUUUUCAAACGUCUACGAUCGAUUCCAACAAACAAAAUAUGCUUUGACUGCAAUGCCAAAAACCCAACAUGGGCUAGUGUUACGUAUGGUGUAUUCCUCUGUAUAGACUGUUCAGCAACGCAUAGAUCACUUGGUGUCCAUUUAACAUUUAUCAGAUCAACUCAAUUAGAUACAUCAUGGACAUGGGCUCAGUUACGUGCAAUGCAAGUUGGAGGCAACGCCAAUGCAGUUGCCUACUUCAGACAGCACGGAGCCUCCACCAACGAUGCUCAAGCCAAGUACAAUAGCAGAGCUGCCACACUCUACAAGUCCAAGAUCAAGGAACUAGUUGCAGCCGCCAUCAGAAAAUAUGGCACAGAGCUUCAUCUCGAGGACUUUGUGCAGUCCCCUCAACAGAAGGAAGUAGACUUCUUUGAGGAACAUGUCGAUGCGCCCUCUAACAUCACACCGAUCCCUGCAGAAACAAGCAACGGCACGUUAACUAGCGCUCAAGAAUUGGUCCAAAAAGUUCCAGUACCGUCGGCUUCGCCCAAACCAGCUGUAGAAGAACCUGCGGGAGCACCUAACGUGGAAGCAGCCCUCAGUACGUCGCCCUCCCAGGUCAAGGUGGAGCCAAGGAAACCCACCAUCGGACAGAGGAAACCAGCAAGUGCAAAGAAAGGGCUUGGAGUGAAGAAGAGCAAAGGUCUUGGAGCCCAGAAGGUGAAGGCAAACUUUGAUGACAUUGAAUCCCAGGCCUUGCAGCAGGAUAAGAUGAGGGAAGAGAGCGCAAAGAUGAUGGAGCUUCAGAAGACCAAGACAAAAGAGGACGAAGAAGCAAGGACGGCAUCCAUGCGUCUUGCAUACAAGGACAUGUCAGUAGAGAUGAAGAAACAAGAAGAUAAACUGAAGAAAGAGGAUCCCCACAAAGCUAAACAGAUGGAACGUCUUGGAAUGGGGUAUGCUGGUAGAGGUGGAGUAUCACAUUCAGCUAUGAACGAUAUGCAGACCAUUGAGCAGGUCAAUCCAGUCAAAUCGGGCGGCGGCGGUGGCAGCCGGACAAAAUCAAGGGAUUUCUUUGAUGAAUACGACUCUGGCUUCUCACGGGGUUCAUCUUCUUCCUCAUCAAGGGGCUUCAAGGACUCUAGCUCCGCCUCUUUCUGGGGCGAUGAGAAAGACGAUGAGAAAACCACAGAUUCCAGCUGGGACAUCAUCGACAAGAGUGAAACGAGGCAAAGCAGUUAUGACAGCAUAGCUCCUCUGGAGUCCAGGACCAAACCCCCGACCAGAAAGACCGACUAUGACUCUGGAGCUUCGUCAAGCGAAGCCUUGAAGCGUUUCGCUAACGCCAAGAGCAUAUCGUCAGACCAAUACCACAACUUGGAUAAGAAUUCUGGAUCUGAUACUCAUGAGGACCAGCAACGGGCUGCCCAGUUCGCGAACGCGAAAUCCAUAUCAAGCGACGAAUACUUCGGGAGGACAGCGGCGAGGGGGUCCACCGGAGCUGAUCUGGGGGCCAUAAAGGACGGGAUGAAGGACGGCGUCAACCAAGUCGCCGGCAAACUGUCCCGCAUGGCCAACGGACUUGUCAACUCUAUACAGGAUCACUACGGUUAUUGAUGAAAACGUGUCUAGUCUACCCCCAUCCAAGUGUCUUUGUAAGUCUCCUAGAGCCAUCAAGAAUUCAAUCGAGACAGAACACGAGAAAUGCUCAUCAGGACACACGCAACUAGCCAAACUCUGAAACCAAUCAGUUUUCCUGAUAUAAUGAAGUAACUUAUCAGCAACAAACGCCUUUAAGAGUUGUUCACUCCUGACCGAUGUAAACUGAGAAAUGCACAAUAGGCCUGUCCUCAUCAGCUCGAGAUUGUCAAAUAUCUUGCUAUUUGAACUAUCCCGAUCGCAAAUUAUCAAGUUAUUUUGCGUCUUCAUCAGCCCGAA